ACGGUCUCUGAUAGUAACAAUAUCAGUGUUACCAUAGCGAUCGGGCUGUAACAGCCAUGGCUGGAAAUCCAGCUCGGGUAUUUGCUGCUCUUAUACCGGCCGUCGGUAAUGCCUACCAGGACGAAAACGACUUCGGUUUAACUCGGACUCUUCAGCGGCCUGUUCAUGAGUCGCAAACCUCUGGAAGAGAAGUUCAGGUCACAGGAAGUGCAGAGCUGUCUGUUGCACCGGAUCGGGCCACUUUGUGUAUAAGUGUCAGUAACAGCAAGGACUCGGUCAACGACGUCACGAAUAGCGUUUCAAGACGACUAGAAUACAUCCUACAGACUCUGAGACAGCACGAGGUGAAGGAAGAGAACACCACGGUGACCAAGGUCAUACGAAGAAGUGACAAUGUGUACUAUAUGGAAGCUGAGGUCAGUGUGGUGUUCACAGACUUCAUGGCGAUGCAGAGUGUUAGCAACAUUCUGGUGGAGAAGCUGGAUAAGACGGUGAACGUCAGUCCAGCACAAUUCUCUCAUAGCGCUGAAUGUCUCAAUAAACUGAGGCGGCAGGCGUGUGUGAUGGCAGUGGAGAAUGCCCGUCUCAAGGCCAAGGAGGUGUGCGGCCUGCUGGGUCAGGCCCUGGGCAGGCCCCUGCUCGUCAAAGAAGAGUCGUCAAGAGAGUGGAGCUGCCAGACGGAGGAGGCGAAUGAACUCCCACACCCGUCUGUCCAGCAGAGCAUCAGAAGGGCCACUGUGUCUGUGUCCUCCCACGUGUUCGUCUCCUUCGAGAUCAGGCCGAAAGACAGAACCAGGAAAAAACACUGACAACACAGCCCUUGAUCAGGAUGCCUUUUUAUUACAUUCAGAUUGUGCAAAUCAAUAUUUUGUAUCUUUUUCUUCAUAUCAUAUUAAAUAUUAAUAACAAACUACAUAUAUCUGUACCUGACAGAUGCUUUUGUAAGGGGAUUAAAUUAUUUUUUGUUUUGUUUUUAACCCAUCCCCUACACAGUGGUGCUUUACAAUACUGAACUAUGAAAUAUAUUUUCAGCAACAGAUAAAAAACCAAGCAGAGCUUUAAUUUCCGUACACAAGUAUCCGACUAGCCUUUUUCUGCUCAGUCUAAUCUUGAUUCAACUGGCUACCCCUGAUUUAAAAAUUUCAGGAUAUUAGGCAUAUGCUGUGUAUUUUUAUUUUUUUUUUUUACAUAUUUUAAAACUGGUUACCAAGCAGGGAAAAUGCUGCAACUCAAAACUCAAGAACAAAGUGACACAUUCCAAACACUUUCAUUGGCCAACUAGUUCUGCUUGUGGGUCACCAGGCAAAACGCCAAUAAAACUAGUUUGUUAUCAAGGAAGUGCUUAAAGCAAUGAAGCGUCUUGUUGCAAGUCAAUAGACAUGUAAUGGAGGACUGCACUGUUAUCUGAGAUGCAGAUGUCCACAGCAAAAAUAGAUAUAAAAACAUAAAACAGUGAAGACGCAACGUGUGUUUGGGUAGGUUGUUGUGGUGGUGCCAAUAUUAAUAAUCAUUGUAAAAGCUGUUUUGGUAUGAGCAUCUUGUGUUUGAGGGAUUUUGAUAUGGUUGGAAUCAGUAUAUUUUUCUGACCUCCAUUUCAUGUGUGCAGCAAAAUCACAAAAAUCAAAAUAAGGGCAAAAAAUUGCAUAGCACACCUUGAAAAUUAUUCCCAAAAAAUUUAAUUCAUAACAAAAUUGCUAUGAUCUCAAGCUGAGCAUAGAGGUGCUG